AUGUCUACAGCACCAGCGGACCCUUAUCGAGGCUUCAUGGUUAACUACACUCCUCAUGACAGUGGUAAAGAUGCGAACGGGGAGGAUAUCGUUUCUUACGGCGCGGCGCAGUUGCUCCAAGAUAGGCCCGAUGGCAUUCGCUACCACUCUGAUACAACCCAGACGCCCUUUGGGUCUCCGUCGACUUUUAUCACGAACCACUCGCCCGCACGCCAGCCGGUUUCACAUUACAACACACAUGGGUAUAGACUCUCCCCACUUCAGGGUAGCAGAAAACGACAACGUACCGACAAUGAGCCUGAGGCCAGAGAAGACGGUGAUCACAAUUAUGGUUACCGACCUGUCUUGCAAAAUCUACCCAUGGGUGAUCCAUCGGCUCCUGCAGGUGAAUCGGCCGACCUGACGUACGCUGGUCAUGCCGUUCCUUCAUCUUCCCGCCAGACAUCGAACCAGGACUACCUCCAGUCCUCUCUCCCGCAACAGCAUCACCACCAUAGGCUACCACCCCAAGCAUCGGUGGCUACAGCUUCUGCUGGCCAGGGCUCUGAACAGCCGCCACUCGACCGCAGCUUUAUGAACCUUCCAGGCUUGCCGGCACCAUACCCUGAGCCAAAAGCGCCAAAGACCAGAUUCGGUCACAGGGAAGAUGAGAUGUUGAUAGCCCUGAAGGAGCACUGGAAGUUUUCCUGGAGGCAGAUUGAGUGCUUCUUUCCAGGGCGAAAACAGCAAACAUUGCAAGUCCGUUACUGUACCAAAUUGAAGGAAAGGGCUGUGGUUUGGGAUGAUGCUUUGGAUCGGAAACUGAAAAAGGCGUUGGAGGACUAUGAGGACAACAAAUGGGCACACAUUUCCCGGAAGCUUGGACCUGGUAUACCACCAGCGGCGUCCAAUCACAGGCGGUCGGACCAAAGCGGCUUCAAACUCGCCCAACCUCAAACCUCCAAACUCCCUCUCCUGCCCCAAACGCCCCGCGUCAUUCACACCAUCACCUCCAGGACAAUGUUCCUCCAACGUACAGCCUCCGCCCUCGCCAGGCGCUCGCCUGCCCGCGCUUUUACCCUCGCCCAGCGCCCCUUCUCUUCCUCUGUCAUUCGCUCCAGCGACAAGAAGUGGGCUCCCAAGCAGGAGGGCAAGAUCUUGACCUUCGAUGAGAUCAAGACCGAGGAUGACCUCUUUGCCCCGGGUGCCAAGCCCGGUACCAUUCCCACCGAUCUCGAGCAGGCCACCGGUCUUGAGCGUCUGGAACUCAUCGGAAAGAUGCAGGGAAUUGACAUCUUCGACAUGCGUCCCCUUGAUGCCUCCCGCAAGGGUACAAUCGAAGACCCCAUCAUCGUCAACAGCGCCGGUGAUGAGCAGUACGCCGGUUGCACCGGUUACCCUGUAGACUCCCACCAGGUCAACUGGCUGACUGUCUCUCGCGAUCGUCCCAUCGAGCGCUGCCGCGAGUGCGGUAACGUGGUCAAGAUGAACUACGUCGGACCCGAGGAGGACCCCCACUCCCAAGACGACCACGGUCACCACCACCACCCCGCUCACGUCGAGCCCAAGACCUUCGCCGACUACGUCAAGCCUGACUACUGGUACCGGUAA